UUAUAUUUAUCGCAAAGGUUGCAAUGUUAUGUAUAAUAUUGAAAAAACUAAUUAAUAUGAAUAAUUUCUGUUCUAUAUAAUAUAUUUCCAAUGCUAUUUUAAUGGUUGGUUCGUGUAUUUAAAUUAUGUUCAGAAUGUUCAACAAGGUAUUUCAUUUGCGUAAGGUUAUAUGACAAUGAAUAUUUUUAUCAAAUAUAAAAAGUCGGUGUAUAUACAUAUGGAACACGAUAAUUAUAUGAUAGUUUCAUUUUAAAGAAUUUCAUACUCCUCUUAUAUGAUAUAAAAUUUGUUAUAAUGUCAAAAAAAAGGAAAAACAAAGCUUGGGGGGAAGAUGGAUUUGAAGAUUGGGGUGGAUACAUGGCUGCAAAGCAAGCGAAACUAGAAGAACAAUUUCACAAUGAAGCAGACAAUGAAAUUAAAACGUCCAAUAUAUUUGAAGGAAUAGCAAUUUUUGUAAAUGGUUACACUAAUCCAACUGCAGAUGAACUUCGUCAUUUAAUGAUGCAACAUGGGGGCACGUAUCACCACUAUAUGAGGCCAAAAGCAACAACUCAUAUUAUUGCAUCUAAUUUGCCAUAUUCAAAAAUAACGUUAUAUAUGAAAAGUCAAAACCCAAUUCCUAUAUGUAAAUCUGAAUGGAUUGUGGAUAGUAUAAAAGCUGGUAGAAUUUUGAAUUUUCAAAAGUAUUUGCUUUAUUCUCAUUGUACAGAUGUACAACCACAAUUAAAGUGUGCAAUACAAAAUAGAGGAAAUAAAACAGAUGAUACUUUUCAAACACAUAAUGUACAAAGAAAUAAUGAAGUAAAUAGUUUAAAAAUUGGUAAUAGUAGAACUGAAACAAUAAAACAUGCUUCUAUACAAGAAAAUACCUUCAAUCCUGUAUUACCAAUGAGUUCAAGAGAUACUCAUUCGACAAAAAAUUCGGAAUUCAUAUCAGAAUUUUAUAAUAAUUCACGAUUACAUCACAUUGCAACAAUGGGAGCAACAUUUAAAGAGUAUGUUAAUGAACUGAGAGAUAAAAAUAAUGGAGAAUUUCCAGGUCUUAUUAGAUUAAAAGAUGUUAGAUUGAAUAGAUCAUCAUUUGGUUCUCAAUUAGAAUUUAAUAUUGUCCCAAAUGAUUUACAAGAGGAAAACAAGGUGAUAGAUAGUCAAGAUUGUGUUAUAAUGCACAUAGAUAUGGAUUGUUUCUUUGUCUCAGUUGGUCUUAGAGAUAGGCCAGAGUUGAGAGGCUUACCGAUUGCAGUAACACAUGCAAAAGGCAAUAAGGAUGGAGAACACGGUUCAUUAUCAGAAAUAGCAUCUUGCUCUUAUGAAGCAAGGAAAGCUGGCGUAAAAAAUGGCAUGUUCUUAGGAGAGGCAUUAAAAAUAUGUCCUAAUUUAAAACCAGUACCAUAUAAUUUUGAAGGCUAUACAGAAGUUUCCUACAUGUUGUACGAUAUUGUAGCAUCAUACACAUUAGAUAUUGAAGCAGUUAGUUGUGAUGAAAUGUAUGCAGACUGUACAAAAAUAUUGGAAGAAUCUUCUUUAACACCAAUGGAAUUUGCAACUAUAAUUCGACAGGAAAUAAAAGAGAAAACUGGCUGUCCUGUAUCAACAGGGUUUGGAAGCAAUAAAUUAUUGGCAAGAUUAGCAACAAGAAAAGCAAAGCCAGAUGGUCAGUUUUAUAUACAACAGGAACAUAUUAGUGAUUGUGUUAGCACCUUCAAUGUGCAAGACUUGCCAGGGGUUGGGUGGACAACAACACAUAAAUUAAACAAUCUUAAUGUACGAACAUGUGCAGAGUUGCAAGCAAUCUCAUUAGCGACGUUACAGAAAGAAUUUGGCAAAAAAACGGGUGAUAUAUUAUAUAACAUGUGUCGCGGUGUAGAUCAUUCAAAGCUUAAUCUAGAACACGUUAGAAAAUCUGUUUCGGCAGAGGUAAAUUACGGAAUAAGGUUUGAAAGCAACGAUGAUGCAAUAGACUUUCUAAAAAAGUUAUGUCACGAAGUAUGUAAUCGAUUAAAUAAAAUUAACGCAAAAGGUAGAUGCAUCACCUUAAAACUUUUAAUUAGAGCAAAAGAAGCACCUAAAGAAACUGAAAAAUUUAUGGGACAUGGUUUAUGCGAUUACAUAACGAGAUCAAAAAAUCUUAUCUCUCCCGUUAACGAUGUCGAUAUUAUAACAAAGGAAGUUAUUAUACUUUGGAAUCAAAUACAAAAAGUGCCUGAAGAUGCAAGGGGCAUCGGUAUACAAAUAUCUAAACUAGAAAUAUUAAAAAAUAAAUCCCGUGGUACGACUUUAUUAAAUUUCAUUAAAAAUAAACCAAGUAGCACAGUUCAACAAACUAUUGAAACAAAUAAAGGCAACGAAGUUCAACCCUUAACACAUUCGGAUGUUGUCGCAGUAGUUUCUAACGACGUUAAUAAUGAGCAAAAAUUGCACGUUCCAUCUGGUAUCAACGAAUCAGUCCUUUCCGAACUGCCGGAGGAAAUAAGAAAUGAAAUUUUGUAUCCUAAUAAAAGUAAAGGAUUAUCAGAUGAUAAUAAAGAUGGAGGAACUGUUAGCGUACAAAAUACGAACAAAACACAGCCACAGAAAAGUGUGCAAAUGCGUCAUGAGAAUUUCUUUAAACAAAUAAAACCUGGCCUCUCCAGACCAAAGGUGGAAAUGCCACCUAUUCAAGAGAUCGACAUGUCUGUUUUAAUAGAACUACCUGAAGAUAUACGAAAUGAAAUUCUUAAUGAAUACAGUGCUAAUAGAAAUCAAAAUCAGACGAAUGCAAAUACAAAUAAAAGUAGCAAAUCUUUAACCAGUAAAGCAGUAACUUCUACAGAAAUUAAAUGCGAUGAGCAAAAUAUAUCUUAUUCACAAGUAGAUCCAGAGUUUUUAGCUGCAUUAUCGGAAGAUCUAAGACGCGAUGUUCAAAUGUAUUGCACUGCUAAAAAUGCAGAAUAUAAUUCGAAAAUAAGAAAGGAUGGGACGAAUAGUAAUGGAUUGGUAAGAAAUAACGAAAACACGAAACAGAUUAAAAAAGGGGAACCUAAUUCCAAAAAUAAAAAUAACAAUAAAAAUGGCAAAGCGACACAUUCUAAAAAUAAAAAGAAGAACGGACAUACAUUAAACAAAGCAUCGAAAAACGUAAAUGAACUUGAACAGAUAUCGAAGAGUAAAACAAAUACCGGUAUUGCAAAAUUCAUAAUGCCUCCCGUGGGAAAAACCGAAUCUGAGAAUGAUCCAACUACUAGGGAUGAUACGGAGGCUAUUCUUUCUCAUAAUCGUACUAUUUCAGAAGAUAAUGACAGCGCGAACCAACAUCAAGAUAUUUUAAUUGACCUCGUAAAUCGUUUACUUAAUCUACCUCUGAAACAGGUAAAAAUACAAAUACAAACGUGGAUCACUAAUUCUAAAAUCGUGAAUGAAGUAGACUUUUUAUCGCUUGCGACAUUUCUUAGCAUGCUGCCGGAGAAAAGACGCAUCGAAGAUUUACAUGUAUUAUUGAAAACCAUGCAUAGAUGUAUGACAAAAACUGGAAAUUGCAUUUGGCAUGGGACAUAUAGGAAAACAGUAAAAUACGUUCAACAUUAUAUGCAAAUUGAAUAUAACAGUAACCUCAUGGUACCACCAAUCAAAUGCAACCUUUUGCAAUGUAACAGUGAUGUAAUGUAAAUUUUUCGAAAUUUAAUAAAUUAAUAUUUUUACAAUGAG